CCCUGUAUUCCACACGAAAUUGUUGCAUGCCAAAAGAAGAAAAGGUAGGAACUCUGUUACACUAAGUAGCAAUUUAAAACGUCUUGUAACUAAUUGAAAAAGUCCUGCUAUAUUUUAUUUUUACUAAUGACGACAAUAUAAUGAGAAUGAAGGCAUACAAAAAUGGUAUACAGAUGUCAAAAGAGCAAGACGGGAUGUUUUCAAGCCAUACCAUCUCUCCUUUUCCAUCGCCAUUGCCUAGGAAGGGCGGCAAGAGAGCACCGUGACAUUUUGAUAGUUGAAUUUUCGUCUCAGAAAGAAUGUUCCAAAAUUAGGGAAAAAGCUUAGUUUUCUUCUUCGUUGGCCAUUGCAUAGAUCACGUAUAUUAUUCAGUUUUAAAAAGAUUAGGUAUAGCCCAUAUCAGUGAAAUAGUAUACAUGUUGUGUAUCGUGCAAGAAACGUUUUGCACGAAUUUGGGCUCUUUGAAACGUUUGAUAUUAUUCAAUUUAUCGGUCAAAUCGAAGCUUCAACAUCCCCCUCCUGGGCAUUUUGCAUCUUGGCCGUCCCGGGGGAAAGGAAUUUGAUAAUCAGAGUCUUCCAGGGGAUGGGGAAGUCGAUCCCCACGCAUAGGGGAAUAUUUUUUUCUUCGUGGCCAAUUGGCAGUUGUUAUUUAAUGAUGCUUUCUGGCUCAACUUUAACCUACUUUUUCGUGAUUAACCCCGUCAUUUUUCUGUCAUCCGUCAUCAAAAAUUUCCCUGUCCAAUCUCUGUCUUCAUUUUUGUCCUUUUUUUUCAAACUUAAAUAAAGGCAAAAAAUGAUACCCUACAAAAAUCUAUUCCCGUCAAUGAUACCCCCCCACCCUGAUUAUUUCCCUCAUAGUAGUACCCCCUGCCUCACUUUUGACGGUAAUUAAUCAGAGAAAAAAUAUGACAGAACUUAGACACUAAUUAACGAUGAUAUAAUGACAUAAAAAUGGCUCGCCUCGCUCGCAGGGGUUAAUCAGGAAAAAGUAGGUUUGAGUUUAGCCAGAAAGUAUCAUUAUAUAACUACUCACAUCCGAGUAAAGUUUUAGAGUAAACUUUACUGACAAAGUUUGUAAUUUAUUCACACAACUAUCCAAAAUACAUAAUCAUUUACAUAACAUUUCAAACACCUGCCAGUUUUUUUUAACUGAGAUGUGAAUAUUUAAUCAGUUACAGAAUAUUCUAGAAAGGGGUUUUUCACCCAAAAAACUAAUAUUAGAUUUUGAUAAUCCAGAAAAAAUACAGCAUGUGAUUGCGGUUUACCAUCAAUGGUUUAUCACAUGAAAGGCAAAAGAACACAUUCCAGAUUACCCUAACAACGAACAAAACCGAAAAAAAUUUCUUAAGUUUACUUUUCAAACAUUGAGUUGCUACGUGAAAACCUAUUGUUUUUCUUAUCAAAAUUUAUGAUUCUCGUGAAAGUUCGAUUAAAUACGUGAUACGGCUUUUAUUUACCAUAAUAAGCGAUUUUAGUUGAUGCAGAAAAAAACAAAAUUAAAGCUUAAUGAAUUAUCUACUCUUAUAAUAAAUGAGCGCUGCUGAUUUAAACAAUUUACAAAUAACUGAUUUAAAGAAGCUUGUUAAGGAAGAAUUUAAAUAAAUAAAAAUUAAAAUUAAAAGAGGAUAAACAAAAACAGAAACUUAUUGAAGCUUAUAUAAAACUGAAAAAACAAAACGAAAAAUUAAGAAAGGAAAAAACUAAUCCAAAACCAAAAAAAAAACAACAACAACAAAAAAAACAUUUGAAGAAUAUUUUCAGGAGUGUAUCAAAAAACAAUUCCUGCUGAUACUCCUUCCUUUGAACAAGGUACCAAGAAAGAGAAAUCAGCUCUUGAUGAUUUUUUGAAAUAAAAGACUUUUUUAGACAUCAUCGCAAUAUUAAAACCAGUCUUGUAUUAGUUUGCCUCAUGAAGCAAAAGCUGAUUCGUGAUAAAAAGAAAACAAUAUUUAAACAAGAUAAGUCCUAUUCUCAGUAAGCAAUUACAAACAUUCAAAACAAAGAUGAAAAAUGUUUUCUCUGGUGUGUUCUUAGAUAUAUUUAUCCAACAAAUCUUAAUUAUACAAGAUCAACAGAAUCAAAACAAAAACCAAAAGCGCCUAAACUUACUAAAGAAGAACAACAAGAAUUUUACAAAGCAGAGUUUUGCCAUAUUUGUGAAAAAGAGUUAUACGAUGACGAUUCAACAGGCAAAAUGCUUAAUGUCAGUGACCAUUGUCACUUUACUGGAAAGUAUCGUGGUGCAGCACAUAACUUUUGCAACCUUCAAUGUCGCAAGCCAAUGGUUCUAGUCCAGUCAUAUCUCACAGUCUUCAGGGUUAUGACUCACAUUUGUUUAUCAAACGACACGUAUUCCAACAACUGAGGAGAAAUAUAUUUCAUUUUCAAAAACAUAUUAAAGUCGACGAAUACAAAUCAAGAAAAAAAUUAAUGAUGAAACAGUUUCACUCGAUUUUGAAAUCCGAUUUAAGUUUCGGUAAAACAUGGAGAAAACUUAUUUACAUCACUCGUAUCCCCUGGAACAAGAUCAUGACUGCCUUACGCAACAAAAGCAAUUUCAAAAGCUGUUCCAGCACUGGCAACUGGAGCUGUUUCUGCUUUGGGAGAACUUGGAAUAAAUAGAAUAUAGUAAAUGGUAUAACUAUUUCAAAAAGAUUUAUUGAAAUGCUUCCACCUUUCAAAAAUGAGUUUACAAAAGCGCAAAUAAACCAAAUAAAAUAAGGCUUAUCAAAGCGGUGGAAGAUUGGUUUUCAAACCAACAAGGAAACAGAUUGAGGGAAUAAUCUUAAGUAGACUUGCUUCAAUUGGAAUUCCAAUGGCAAUUAGUUUGGUAUCAAAAAUAUUUGGAAGUGGACUUCAAGUUGAUAGACAGGCUUCAACAAAUACAAGAAAUGUUUAUGUUCCUCAAGCUCCAGUAAAAACAAGAGGUGAGGGUCACUAUCCGAUUUAUCAAUCACAGCCUCUUUUUUGGAAGUUGGGAAAAUCCAAUUGGAGCUGGGGUAAAAUGGGAAGAGGUUUAUUGCUAGGAAAAAACAGCGCGUUCAGUUCAAUUCCAAUUAUAGGAUCAUUUUGUAAACAACCACUAUCCAACUUUGAUUUGUUUGACUGGGCAAAAAAAAAAAAAACUUGGAAUAAAAUAUUUCAGAGAUAUUUUCAGCAGAGAUACAUCACCAAAAAAGAUUGGAAAAGAGUGUGGAAUAGUCAAUCUUGAUGAUAUUCAAGGUUCUGGAACACACACUGGAAAAUGAUUUAGUUGAAUACUUUGACCCAUUUGGUUUGAUUAUGCCACUUGACAUUUAUCACUAUUUAAUUUCACCUGGAAGAAAAGAUAAUUUACUCUCAGGAUGAAGUACAAAACAGAGACUCUGUUCUGUGUGGUUAUUGGUGUUUGUACUUCCUGAAUGAAAGAAAUAAAGGAAAAAGUAUAUGGAUGUUAUUCAUGAUCAAGAUUUUGACUAAGAUUAUAGAGAUUUUAUAAUCAAUUAUUUCAAGGAUUUAUAAAUAAUUGAGAUAUUUUAUAACAAUGUCUGUUAUGAAAUUUAAUUCAAACAAGAUAACUUCCUUUUACCAAUCCUCUCAGUAAAUUAAGCUUUUCACUUAUCUCAAAAAUAACUUUGAUUAUUUCAACAAAUAUUUUAUCAUUAUCUAAUUGCGAACAAGGGCGAUACUGAAUUAUAAAUGCUUCUAAAUUCUUCGUAAAAAUUAUCUAACACUCCUUUUACAAAGAUUUCUCUUAAACUCAUCGAAUAAAUAAAUUAUAUAAUCUUAAAUAUAAAAUGGAAGAAACUUAUUGCAUUGUAGAUAAAAGAAAAACUCUUUGUGUUGUACUAAGUGGUUAUCAAAGCCGAUAAAAGAAACAGAUUUCAAUUUUAUUGUACUUGUGCAAUCCGUGCAACAAAAAAUGUUAGAUAUGUACAAGAAAAGGGACAAAUUGGAACAGGAAGAAAGUCAAAAAACUAAUUAGCCAGUCUCACGGGGCGGGCGUUUUAGACACUGUUGUUGGUACAACGGCAGAUGCUUUUGUUCAUCAUGGUAUCCCUUGGAUGGCAAAAAAGUCUGUUGAGAUAGGGCGAUAUGGAGCAAGUGAAUUAAUGAGAAAUAAAAACUUACGAAAGAAAGCUGUGAAUUACGGCAUCAAUAAACUUACUCCACUCAUUCAAGAUUCUGUUGGAAAACAAGAACAGCCAGCAACAUAAGAACAUACAUUUUUAGUUUCACAGAAUUGCUUUAUAUAUCAUUAUCAUUAUUAUUGUUUUAAGUUGUGUUUCCAUGAAUUAGAGCAAAUACGGCUACCUCAACGGAAAAAUGGUUUGAGAGCUGGCAAAACAUUCAGAUUAACCAUACAAUAAUUGCAGCCCAAAGGCAGUGCUUUUGUCUAGAACACAUUUUGGCAACACAUUAUCAACGCCGGUCGGUGAAACCAACGUUCGGUGUUCAUCCCUUAUAAAGUUUGUUUUGUGCAUAUUCUUUUUUCGAGGUAGUAGAGCAAUAAUAAUUUGGAAAUCAGCUCUCAACAUAAUUUUACAUUCCUUGAGUUGCCCACGAGAAGUGUAAGAUACAAUCCCCCCCUUCCCAAAUCAAGAACGACGCCACGUGAACGGCAAAAUAAUUAUUUUGUCUGAGAUUGUAGCUAUGGUAAAAAACGAACCAGGUGCAAGCACCAUACAUUGAAGGGGUAAAUUUGCACCCUUUUCCUGUUAGGAGAGCGGUCAGGGAAGGAAGAUCAGGCUACAUACCACCCGUCUAAUUCCACAAAUCUACGUUCAAUGGAUGAACACGUGCCUGCAUAUGAAAGAUUGCUUAUAUUAUAAACUUUUUUCGGUAAAAUAAUAUUACGUAUGAACGCAUUAGGUUAACGCUCUCUAUGCCAACUCGUAUGUUUACAAGUAUUGUAUAGAAAACCAUCUAGCCACUCUUACCUACAAGAAUGAUCAAUAUUAUGCAAUUGCGUUUUGUGCUUAUUUAAGAAAAUAUUAUUCUACCAAGUAUGAGACAAUAACAAUCAAUAAAGUACCAUUUACAUAAGUAUCGUAGAAUAGAAUGUUCUCAAUUUUUUGAAACUAAAUUUGUUCACAUCAUGUGAUACAGGUGGCUAGAUGAAUACCUGUCCAUUUUUAUACAUCAGACCUUUACAAAGUCGAUGAAGACAAGAAUUCCCACACAUGUUGCCCAUGCCCUUUUUACCUCCGUAAAAUCAAACAAUAUUUGUGUUUAGAUAAAAUGGUUCUUGUGAAAGAUAUUUUCUCAAUGAAAAAAAGUUUAAGGAAAGUGUCAAGAUCAAGUGAAGUUUAUUUUCUGCAGUUGCCGUGGACAUAAAAAGCUACAUCUUUUAACCUUUUGCUUGACAUUUUAUAUCAUGCAUGUAAAAACAGGGGAGGUAUCAGCCACUGUAAGAAGAAUAAUUUGUGGCAUAAUAUGUCAGUAUAAAUAACAGGAAGGGAAACUCCUUUAUAUGCUUUUGUUCCAUGUGAAGUUCACUUGCGCUAUUUAUAGAACAAAUAGAUACUUAGAAAGGCGCCUUGGGAGUUUUUCGCUUUAGAAUAAAAUAACUUAUUCUGAAGCUCUAAAUUCCAAUUGUGCUUUUCUGAAUUUGUACUCAUUGUAUAAAAAGCGAAAUUGGGCUCCAAUAGGCCUUCACUUUCAAAAUGAGGCUAGGAGCACAACCUUUCUUGUGAAAAUGAGUGUUAUUUGCAUGAGAAUGAAAAAUGAUUUCCAUAUCAAAGGCUGAGCACUCUUGAAACAGAGGCCCGGGGAAUGUCGGAAAUAACCUUUUGGAACACAAACACAUAAAGGAGUUUUUCUCUCUGUCCUUUACACUAUGUUGCGGUACUUUAUUUCAUCGGUGUUUACAUAUUCUCCGCUUAAUAAUCUCCAGGUAUGAAUUCCUUAGCGAUUCUAAUCGGUCUGACGCUGUUCAGCUACUGUGCCACUGAGUGGCUAGACAUGUCGUACAGUUACGACAGCAAGACCAACUACUUUCCUGGGCACACCAGACUUAAACAAAUUCCCGUUCAGAACAAACUGGCGCCAGCUAGGUUUUCCUCCUACGACAUUCUGAUGUCAGAGCACGGCGGAACUCAUAUAGAUGCCCCUAAACAUUUCUACCAAAAAGGGAAACAUUUGAACGAAGUUCUGUUAGAUGAACUCAUAGGGCCAGCAGUUGUUGUGGACAUCUCUGCGCAGACUGCCAAGGACCAAGACUAUCAGUUGAGUGUAGGUGACCUGGAAGCCUGGGAAGAAAAACAUGGCAAGAUCCCGGAUGGUGCAAUCCUCUUCCUUUACUCAGGCCGGGGAAAGGACUGGGCAAAUCCAGAGAAGUUUUUGGGCUUUGAUCCCAAAUCAAACAAGACUGGUUACGGUUAUCUACAUAACCCAGGUAAAGCUAAAAUAGAAAAGCAUCUAACGUUUGUACUAUUCCUUAUUUUCAUGUUACAUUGGGAUCACAAGGGGUUCACAAGGCUCUCAAAGAGUUCCCAUGUAGUAUAAAAGGAAGAGGGAAGUGAAAAGGAGUCGGGGAGGGAUCAGCCGAGGAAGAUAAAAUGACUCCGAAGAUGGAGAUGAGGGAGAAGAUUGAGGAAGCUAAAACGUAUAAUAGGAAGGGGUAAGGGGGGAGGGGCGUUGGAGAAGGGGAACGGGAAGCUAAGUCGAGAGAGCAGAAACUGUAUACAUCGUCAAUUUGGAAUCAAUCAAUUCUUGAACUUUUUUCAAAGUAUAUUGUGGCGAUAAACUCUAACAGGUUCCACUUGGCCUCUUACGGUAAUUCUUAGCCAAUAUUUUAGAGCAAUCAUACUGUAGAAACAAAAACACAAGUUUCGUUUCUACAUUAAAACAUACGAAAAUUUAUUUCCAUUCUUAUCCUAGGUUUCAGUGCUGAGGCAGCUGAAUGGAUUGUGAAGAGUGGAAAAGUUACCGCAGUGGGUGUGGACGUGGUAUCGUGGGACAAUGGACCGUCGAAAAUCUUCAAGGCAAACACAAUCCUAACAAGUGCUAACAUACCCGGAUAUGAAAUGGUUGCCAAUUUGGAUAAGUUACCCCCAGCGGGAGCUAUGGUGUAUGGUGCGCCAAUUAAGAUCAAGAACGGAUCAGGAGGCGCUACUAGAGUCUUUGCUGAUACUGGGAAACAGAAAAAGUGCGAUAAACAGAGGACGAAGGUAUCAUGCUUAAUAUGAACUACAAUUUUAAAAUAUAGUUAUUAGUUACUCAGCGUAAGCAAGUUUUCUAUGCCAAUAGCGAAUGCACUACGUUUUUGGUAUAUUCCAACAUAAUUUUUGUAGCGAUAAAAGAAAACAAAUGAAUAUGGUAGCUCUAUUAUCGCGUUUGCUUGGUUGACAGUAAAUUUACUUAUUCGUCGAAACAACAGCUCUGCACGUGCAUCACGCUUUUUAGUCAUUUCUUUGAUGUCCACUGCACGACUACGACGUGGAACCGACUAAUUUGAUUCAGCCCCCAUUGUUUUGGUUUUCAAAGCCGGCGCUUUUUGCUACUGGUGGGCUAUAACGUAUAGCCUAGUAUUAACUCAACCAAUCAGAACGCCGCAUUGAGAAUAGACCACUAGUUGGAUUUUACUAAACGCUUACAGCCUGCGACCGCAGACGUAUUUCCGAUCGUCGCUAUCAUGCGUAUUAAAUCAAUUCAGAAACAAAUAAAAGGUAAAUAUCCUGAGAAAUACUUGACACCGAUAAAGUAGGAAGUACGUUGUUGGGCUAUUUGUUCAUUUGUAUUUAAACAUUAAAACAUCAGUCAAAUCCAACUGCACCCUCACCCCCGGGCACUGCGGGACAUUUGCCUACCUUGUCACUCCCGGCAGCCCGGGAGUGGGACCGGGCAUUUGCAAAUUUUAGAACCUCAUAGUAUAAACAGACGUGAUGAACUCAAUCAAGUGACAUUUAUCUUUUUAGUAGCCUAUCAGUUUCUGUUUGCCAUGUAUUCAAAUCUCGCAUAUGUAACGUUGAUCUUUUAUAUUCAUUUUUCUUUUAUAGCCCACGUGUUGAGGGUUUGUGCCCGGGGGGGGGGGGAGGGUACUGUGAAGGGUAUGGUUUUCAAGCAGUUUACUCUAGGAUAGGGUAUAUAAAUCAGAGCAUUUGGGUCUAGAAUAGGGUAUCAUUUUUCAGGAAACUGAUCAGUUGGUUGAAGAUUUUAUAUAGACUAGGGAAACAGCUACUAUAGGAUAGGGAGGAUUUGGAGAGUUUACCCACCCAGAAAUUCCUGAAGUACCUCCACCCACGGGGGUUGGUGUUGUAGAUCGAAAUAUCGGGCAAAUGUAAUUAACCCCUUAUUUUAUUUUUUUUUUCUUUAAUCAUUUUUUCUAUCACCCUUCGUGCAGCAAGGAUCAGUUUAUUGUUUUCACAAUAUUUUUUACCGAUCCAGGUCUACUAAAGAUUCGGCGGACCCUCUCUGGUUUGUCGUUGCGGUUUUGCCUUCAUAAGUGUAAUGAUUUUAAUACUUCUAUGAUCAUGUAUGAUCAAUCUAUUAUUUGAAGAACUUCCUCUCAUAUUAUUAAACUAUUCAGAACAGAUAGGUUCACUUAUACACAAUUAUUUAUUUUAAUGCUAUCAUAAUGACACUUUUUUGUGUCAACUGCGAAGCACCUAGACAAGGGUGAGAGUGUAGAAAAUUGGUUUAAGAACUUCAUAUGAUCUGAUCUUAUGACGUAACAACCAUUUCAAUCCUAUAAGCUAUAAAUUAUUUUACUACUUGCAUGAAGGGGGACCAAAUUGUUCGCACAAACAUGUUUGGAAUGUGUCACCAUUUAGGCAUGCUUGGAGUGUACAUCAAGCCAUUAUAAAGACUUUUCGGCUAAUCUUGAGCAGUUUUAAGAUAUUCGAUCAAAGAAAGAAAUAAUCGGAACCAACAUAAAGUAGAAGAUCAGGAUGAACAGAAUUUCUGUGAGUUGUAAUUUAACCUAUCUAGAGAUAAUUCUCAAGAGCAAUUUGUAAGAUAUGAUUAUCAAGAGCAAACAGAUGAUUGCCUUUGCGGAACCCUUUUGGAUUUGAUGGCUACCUUGUUUCAUCUUUUUUCUUUUAUAUAUAGAUGCAAAACAUAACUGAAUUCUCACUGGAAAAAGUCACUUGAUAAGGCACUCAGAGCACUAAGCGCUUUUAGCUAUAAAGUCAGUCUGUUGAAAAAGGUUUACAAACAGGAACCAAUUACACGCUCCUCGGUACAAACGACUUUCUGGAAUACCGGAAGAGAACAAAUAUCGCACGUUAUUCAACAAGCAAAUAAUCCUCACGCUAAUAAUGUUUAAUUUACAGAGCAAAUCUCUGAGAACAAUAUUUUAUUUCUAUCAGGGCUGUGCUCUAGCAGAGCCCGGUGGCCCCUGGCGCCUAACUUUUGCCCUCAGGGAACAAGAACAUCUCAGAUUUUUCAUACAAAUCAUACUAUGCAAGGCACCCUGGAUUUUACAGUUUCAAGACACUGGUCUCCCUUCAAUUCUUCUUAGAGCACAGCCUUGUCUACUUCAAGAUGUAAUUGAGUUGACAGGGGAAAAGUGUUAAAACAAUUCCACGUUAAUUCUCGGAUCUAGCUGGAUUAUUUCAGAAUACAUGUACACAUUUCUCAUGUUACCACCUAACAGUUAUGGGUACUAAGAAUGGCAUCAUCAAAGGCAAAGGCAAAGCUCCGGCCUCUCAGAGAAAAUUUUCAAAAUGACACCGUAGAUAGAGAGGCUAGUUACAGAAACAGAUAGGCUCAAUCAACUCUCUUUGUAAUCGUUUUGAAAUUAUGACCCCACGUUUCAAUGAUAUAAAUUCGCACUAGGCACAAUUACGCAAAGCGGACCUAUUUUUUUGCCUACGAACUAUUUAUCCCAAGAUAAAAAUAACAAUGAUAAAAUACGAAUCAUGAAUGGUUUUGUCGCGGCUUAAUAAGAAUAGCGCUAUUACAAAGGCAGACGUAAACUGAAACGAAAAAUUUCACAUUAAAAAUGUGUAAAGUGGCAUUAUUAUUCAUUCCAAAUUUUUUCCCGAUUCUGAUUGGCUAAAAGGAUACAUUUAAUUCACCAUAACCAGUUACUGAUGACCAAAUUUGGAAGAAUUCUGUGUUUAACGAGGAAAUGACGUCAAAAAUGCAGCGUUUUCGCAGGUUAAGGCACCGUUAAUCGAGAAGACCUGGGGACGAGGUUGAGUUAUUUUGGUUGUAAACUUGAAAAAUGGCGGACAUUUCACUCGUUUCAAGAGUAAGAAGUAGACGAAAAAAUAGGUAACAACAUGGCAAGAACAGCAAGAAGACAACUCGAAGUGUGACAUCUGCUAUUUGGAUAAUAUUUGCGGAGCUGGACAAACCUAAACGUGCACUAUCGAAGAUGAACUUAACAUCGAUGGAUCGAUGGAGGUAAGCAUGUUUUAGCCACGUUUUUAAACUGGGAAUUAUUUUUACUGAAUAAUAAAACAAUUAUUGAAUUCGGCUUUCGUAUCAUAUGAAGAAUUAUGGAGAUCUCGGAGGAUGUUAUCCGCCUCGGCCUACAGCCUCGACGAUAACACCCUCCUUGAUCUCCAUAAUUCUUCAUAAGAUACUCAGCCUCAUUCAUUAAUUGUUAACUAUUCGACUAUACGAUCAAUGAAAACUGCUACAGUGUGGAAUGAGAACGAGGAUUUGCAGCUCAAGUGUCCCACCCUACAGAAAGAAUUUACCAUCCAAGGCCAAAAGUCGGCCAAAAAAAUGUUAAUGCCGGGAGGGGAGGGGUGGAGGCGGGGGGGGGGGGGGUGAGCGCAGAUUUGCCUGAUGCAUUAUGUUAUCUCUUCUACGUCAACUGAAGCGUUGUGCGAAUAUUCUUUCUCCACAGCUUUCCUAUGUUUAACAAAUAAGGUAAUAAGGUACUAAGGUAAGGUAAUUUUUUCUUCCUUGUUCUUGCGUGAAGGUUAAGUGGCUGGACAUGACGUAUUCGUUUAGCAACGAGACUUUCUGCUGGCCAGGGUUGACGCCUUUCAACAUGACACAAGUGUAUUGGCCUAACAUGACAAGAGACGGGUUUUACCUUAUCAUGUAUGACUUCCACACCUCUGAAAACUGUGGGACACACAUCGAGGCACCAAGAAGCUUGUACAAGGAGAAAAGAAGCACAGGAGAAAUUCCCUUGGAUGACCUCAUUGGACCAGCUGUUGUAAUAGAUAUUCGUCAGAAGGCUUUCUCAAACGCGGACUAUCAGCUGAUGCCGAGUGACAUCGAGGACUGGGAAGAAAAACAUGGCAAGAUCCCGGAGGGCGUGAUUCUGUUGGUGUACACGGGGUGGGGAAAAUUCUUCUCCGACAAUAACAAAUAUCUAGGAAUGCAACCCACUGGAAACUUAUCGAAUAUGCGCUUUCCAGGUAAGUGCUAAAGCUUUUUGAGUCCUAUGAUAUUUAACGAUGCUAGAGAGAUAGGUUGUUGAUCAUCUAAUAACAUAUCGACCCACGGUUUUUUUUUUUAAUUAGUUCUCUUUGAACUGCAGACGUAAUUGUUAUAACUAGGGAAAUUCAAUUUACACGCUUCGACAAAGCGCGCUCUCCUAUUUUGCGAAGCGCUAAUCCCAAAGGGAGUGACAACAGUUUCCUAAGUAGCUGCGUUUUCGCCAUUUUACAUGAUUUCUGAAGUUCUUAUUACUUCGUCUGUCUUGCAUACAAAACAGUUAAAACGUAUAGAGCCUUCCAGAACAUAAUAAACUUGCCAAAGAAAAAACUUCAUUAGAACAAGCAGUAUUUUGACAUGAGGUAAACGUUGUGUGGCCUAGUCACUUAUUUUACACUAUGGAUAUUUUUACAUGUAGGUUCCGUUUUGGCUGUUAGGGAUCAACACCAGGACUAAUAAGAACCAAGCGCAAAGGAGAAAGUUCAACAUUAAUUGUGCACCUAACUAAGAACUUACCCACUCCAGUUUUUAGAGGAAGUGUAAGGAAACGUUGUGCACACUUAUUUACAUGAGUCUUCGAACUGUUUUAGAGAAGAAAGUGCUAAAAUUGUCACAAAUGCUUACCUAAAAAAACACAUUUUAAGCUUAAAGGGGAAGAAUAUCGAAAUGCACACUCCGUAAUUAUUGGUUGUGUUCAGUAGCCAAUAGGUAAACAACAUUUUUCGACCCUCGACGCUGGUAUCAAUAUAGGGGGUCAAAGCUCUUGUACCAUUCUCUCCACGACACAGAACAACUAGAGCUGUUCUUUGUAAAAGUAACUAAGCAUGAAUGCAACCGAUGAGGUUCGCGUGGAAAACCAAAAUUAUUACCAACGGAGGAACUACGCGCUCCAGUUCAAAACAACCGGCAAAAAUCACAUUUGCUCAGAUAAACGUAGAACUCUCCAGAACAUAAUCUACCCACCAAAAACUUAUUGGAACAGCAAAAACUUAUUGGAACAGCAUCUGGAGGUAAAAGUCGUGUGGCCUACCGACCCCUUUCUACACUACUAAUUCAGCUACUAAAGAAGUUUAAAAUGCAAACCCUUUUGCAAUAGGUAUCAUCAGAAGCAUAUAACCCCGAAGCGUAUAACUCUGUCGCAGAGCUCGGGUUUUUUAGAGAACCAAUCAAAAUUUACUUCCCAAUAUGGAAUUACUGAUAAGCGAGAUUGUCGCGCGAACUUGUAUCGCGAUGUAAAUGAUGCGGUGCAAACUAUAAAAGCAUUUACUGUUUUAAUACGAGGUAUUAUUUCACCAAAAAAGGAAUACAGCAUUAAUCCCCAAAUGACCUCAAAUGACCAGGACUGAGUUAGUUCCUCCUAACAAGACAAAGUCGACUACAAAUGACAUGCACCGCAAGAGAAGCGGUUUCUUAAAGUUGUUACUUCAAAAACGGUUUUUGCCUGACCAUCAGCGCAAACAACCUUUAAAAAAUCACUUACUAUCUAUCUAGAAUAACGAGUAACAAAAUUCAGUAGUUGCUGAACUCGAAAGUAAAAAUUGCAUAUCUUCUCAAAAGUGGUGCUUGUAAUAAGACUUAGAUGCUGGCGAUCAUGUUUUCAACUAAUGUUAUAUGGAUGAACAAACAGAAAACAAUAAACAGACAAAUUGUUUCUUGAAGAUUUUUAUUCGAAAACCCUUUAGUUUACCAUUAAAAGCAAUUCACGUAACACUGACUGGAUCGUGGAUCUGUUCCCACAGUAAAAUCGGCUGAGCAAAUGGCAAAAUUAAAUUUAAUAUCUGUCUCAGAUCAGGCGCAUUUCCCAAUUUAUCUUGAAAACUCUAUCAAAAAUCUAUAAAACGUCUAUGAAACAUUUAUAAAUACAUAAAUUUCCUCUAAAUAACGUACUUUCCUUGAGUGUGAUGUGUAAAAUGUAAGUUACCUGAAAAUUCUUUAAAAAGGUUGCUGACUUGGUCGCAGUCCAAAAAAGGACAAGCGCUCCGAUCCGCCGUGAAAGAAACAAGGUCGAAGUCCUCGAAGGUAAAUUUUGCAGCUUAAAACUUUUCCUUUCCUCAAAAAGAAAACAAACCUUAACAUCUCACACGUCACAUCAAAACUGCCAUACAUAUGUUCGCGUACUGUUCUGGGUGAAUUAAAAAAUGUCACUCACAAAAGAUUCUGUUCCGACCUCGUCGGCGCUUUGAACAACGCUUCUGCAAAGCUUGCCAUAUCAUUUUUUUGCAGUCGCCAUGCUGGUUUUGCUGAAUGAGAACAGAAGUUGCAGAUAACUGGUUUGCCGUGGUAGAUUAAAGAUUUGCAGCUAGUAGCCUCAGGAUGAUCUUUGCCCGUCAAACAGCUGCAGGCUGCUGAUGCAUUUUGCUAUUUUCGGCGAGAGGCUUUGCGAUGUCGUGAAGAAACGUAAACAUCCUAGUCUUACUUCGUCGCUGGUCGAUGUUUUCAAGCCAUAACGCUUAUAACUUUGUGGCUCUUUAUGUUUUGCCGGGGAUGCAUUUUAUAGCAGCAUAAUUACUUCAUCUUUUACGCCACGAAACGGUUUCUUUCGGUCGUAGAAAUUACAUGUAUAAGCGCUGCAGGCUCAAAGUUUUUAACCUUGAAUCUCUGAUUCCAUAUUUGGGCAAAAUAAUUUUCCGUGCUUCUGAUUGGACGGCUGCGCCAGCUAAAAAACCCGAGCAUGGUUCUUCACACAGAAGGGGAAGUUAGACGCUUCGGGGUUAUAUGCUUCUGGUAUUAUAGAUAUAUGUGUCUGCAGUCUUUCUGCUGAAUGACAAGUUUGUUGAUCUUUAGGUAUCCACCCAGACUCAGCCAAGUGGAUGGUGAGUCGAAAGAUAAAAGCAGUUGGUUUGGACACGGCGUCCCUUGACUAUGGCCAGUCAAAAGAUUUCCAGUCUCGCAAAACCUUAUUCAAGGAAAACAUCCCUGGAUAUCUGAACGUUGCUAACCUUGACAAGUUACCCUCCAAAGGAGCCACAGUGUUUGCUCUGCCAAUGAAAAUCACCCAUGGCGCUGGCGGACCGCUCAGAAUCUUCGCCAAACUUGGAGGGGAGUGUCCCACAUCAGGCGGCGGCCGGAGUCUCGCCAGUGGACAAUUGUUUCAGAUUAUAACUCUCCUGCUCGUGCUCAAGUUCCUUAUGUAAUUGCAAGUUACAUGCAAACAGCAUUAGAGAUAAUUGAAAGAACAUGAUCUGAAUUUCACCGCAAUGCAGUCCUUUUUCGCCAAGAUUCAUUGCAGGCAAUCAAGGGCUAACUAUGUUUAAAGGACAAUUGCCGCCUUCUUUUCCAGAUUACUUUUCGAGGAAUCAUACUAUCCAUCCGUAUGAAUAGAACUUACGAAUUAUUAUAAUUACAGACCUUUGUCAGUUAGAUAUGGCGAUGUUAUGAUAUGGAUCAGUUUACCACACAACUGAAAGGAAAUUAAUUCAUUUAAGGGACGGACCAUUACAAAACUUAUGGGGGCUGGGGGACGGGCGAAGUACCAAAAAAAAUAUUCGCACAAGGGAAAAUUAAAUGAAAAAAAUUUAUGCACGCCAAUUAAUCCUAAAGAAAAUUUCAUGCUAUGACCUAAAAAAAAUCAUACAAGGAAUUUGAUAACGAAAAAAAAUUCCUGCGGCUCGAAAACCCCCCCCCUAAUAACUUUUCUAAUGGUCCGUCCCUAGGUUGCAUUAAUUAAAAGUAAAGUGGAAUGUUUUGUUCAACAAAAUGAAUAUAUAUAUAUUGGUAGUGAAUCUUAAUAACAUAAUGGAACAUAAUAUGUACAGUAGAACCCCGGUAACUCGAACUCUAGCUGAAGGGAAGCGAAAAACAGUUCGAGUUGCGAGGAAUUAGAGUUAACCCGCCGGGUAACUUUCAGUGAAGUGAUUUUGAUCAAGGGAGACGAAAUUUAGUUCGAGUUAGCGGGGAAUUCGAGUUAUCUGAGGUUCUACUGUACGAUACUCUUGCUGCUUAACAAUAUGUUCAAGGGCCAAAUAUAUUCGAUACGAAUGUUUGUAAUGCAUUUUAGAAAUUUAAGGGGACCUCCUUUGAAAAGCUCAGUUGACGUUGCAGAGAUCUCCUGCUGGUAGCAUGAAAUAGGCGUAAUACGAAUGAAAGACUGAUUGAUUAAAAUCUUGAAACGUAAUAAGUAUUUUUAUCUUGUGUCGAACGAAACUGAUAGGGGCAAGGACAUGCAAAUGCCAAGGGUGAGGGCACUGAUUGGUCAGUAAUGUAACAAUUACUCAAGAGAAAAGCUGAUAACUCAGCUGAUGUGGCUUUUCAGGCUCUGUGUUUCUGACGCCAGCUCGGCAUUCGACACCGCACACUCUGUAUUCAACGCGAAAAUGUUGCACGUAGAAACAGUAAAAGGUAGGACCUCUAUUAAACUAAGUAGCCGUUAAAAAGGUUUGUAACUAAAUGAAGACGUCGUUCUAUAUUUUAUUUUUACCAAUGGAGGUGAUAACGUGGGGAGGACGGCGUGCGAAAAUGAUAACAUGUAAUGUUAUCAAGCCAGAAAAUCAUCUCUCUUUUCCCAUCGUAAUUGCUUGGGAAGGGCAAGAACUCACCGUGACAUGUUGAUAAUUGAAUUGUCGUCUCAGAAAAAAAAAAAAAAAAAAAAAGUAUAUAUAUAUAUAUAUAUAAUCACAGGAGUUCAGGCUUCAGGAGUAAUCAUUGAUCGUUUCUUGCGACAGUGCUGUUUCGUAUGGUCCGAAAUUGCAGGACCACACUCAUCAGGCAACUUCAACGAUUGACCGUUUAAAUUAAAAGCUGGCAGUAAAUAUAGGGAUGCGUUAAGAGAUAGUAUCUAGGUAACAGAUGGAUUGUGUCUUAGUUACGUUACUCUAGAGUUCUGAAGUACAUAUCUGUUUCUGUGGGGGCAUGAACUCGCUAUAUAUAUAUAUAGUUCUAAAGUGAGUUAAAAGUUUCUAACUGGUUUUCAGUUUUUAGUAUCAGCUGGACAUUGCAUAGAUCACGAACGUUACUUUUUAUGAAGAUUCGGAUGAAGCACGCCCCAGUGAUAUUGUGUACAUAUUAUGUACCAGAAACACUUGUGAAGGCAUAACCACAACGGUGCGACAAACCAGUUCUACUUUUUCUUAUGUCCAACAAUUUUAUCGUACAGAAAUUAUAAUUAGUUUAUCCUUUGUUUCCGCGUAAAGGUAUCGUGGCUGGAUAUGACGUAUUCGUUUAGCAACGAGACUUUCUGCUGGCCAGGAAUGACGCCUUUCAACUUGACACAAGUGUAUUUUCCUAACGUCACAAGAACAACUAGAGUUGCUCUUUUAAAAGUAAAAAAAUCCAACUGA